AUGCCCGACUACACCUUGAUCACAGAACCGCAUCAAGUGGCCGAUGUGGCCGAGCGGUUUGUGGCCAAGGCCCAGUGGCUCGCCAUCGACACCGAGAGCAACAUCCUGUUCGUCUACCAGCCGCGCGUGUGCCUCAUCCAGAUGAACGUCGAGGGCGUGCUGCUGGUCUUCGACACCAUGGCCCUCAUGCAGGCCGACCCACUUGCCCUCGAGCCGCUACGUCCCUAUCUCGAAGAUGGCCAGCGCCUCAUCUUCGCGCAUGGAGCCGCCAACGACGUGUCCACGUUCAAGAGAGACUUCGACAUCUCGCUCAACGGACUGUUCGACACGCAGCGCGCGGCGCAGUUGGCGGGGCUGGCGCACACCAACUACGGGGCGGUGGUAGAGAGCCUCCUGUCCGUUAGCCUGUCCAAGGACUACACCCACUACAACUGGGGCUUGCGACCCAUCGAGCUUGAGCCUCUUCGUUAUGCGCUCGAAGAUGUGGUCUACCUGCCGCAGGUGGGGCACAUGCUGCGUGCGCGCGUACAGGAGCUGGGCGUGGAGGAGGAGCUGGCGGCGGUCAACCGCAUGCUCAUGGCCAUGCCCUCCCACCCGCGACGGCUAGACGACUUGGCGCUUGUGCACAGCAUCCGGGGCACGGGCAAUCUCGACCCGGUCCAGCUCGGGGUCAUGGGGGCGCUCUUCCUGUGGCGCGACGCCAAGGCGCGCGAGUUCGACCGCCCCUGUGGCUCCGUCAUCUCCAACGAGCGGCUUGUCAAGAUCGCCCGCGCACUCGACCCAAACGUACCGCCGCGGCCCACGUCCAACGUGCGGACCGUGCGGCGAAAGUGCCUCGAGCCACAACCGCCGCCGAACCAAGAAGAAGGAGAAGAAGAAGACGGUGGUGAGGAAGCCGAAGAGGAUGAGGAAGAAGAAGCGCCACCAGCGCCACCAGAGCAGCAAGGCAGGUGA